AUGCCAGUAAUGGACGUCCUGGGUUUCAGCCUUGCGAACCCAGGCCUUCAGAAAGUUCCACAUUCUCAAACCCAGCCACACCCUUACGCAUCGUCCAUUGCCUCAUCAGCCUCCUCGUCCUCGUCUUCUGUCUUCUCUCUCGACCCGUCGCAGAGUUCCAUUUCCUCUUCAACGAGCUCUGUCGACGUGAUCUGGGAAAAUGAAGUCCUAGGCACUGCUGACUCACACUCACAGCAGACGGGAAGUAGAAGUUUGAGCUCGUCAAGUGAAUCGAACUUCCACUGUCUUCGUUCUGGCCGACGUUGUGGUUCCAAAGUCGCUGACGCCGCAGUUGCACCUGAAUUGCGGCAGAAUCCCCGACGUACUUAUAGCAAUGCUUCAUCUUCUUCUGCCUGCUCCCGAGCUCCUCCGUCCCUGGUCCGCCAGUGUGAUCGGAAAGUCAAUUUUGUCGACAAUCUUGUUGGUGAGUCUGGUGUAAUCCCGUCUUCAUCCUGUCUCAUGUUCGAUUCUCUAAUUUCAUCUUUGUGUCCUCUUUUGUGUUCUGCUCUUGAAGACUCGGCCUCUCAGAUUGUCGAAUCCAUCUGGCCACUGUCGGUCGUAGCACUACGCCAUGAUACACCCUUGGGAUCAAGGGGGGUUUUGCCUCUCCGUACAUUCAUACAGGAAACGCUUCGACGGUCACGGACCAGCUAUUCGACUUUGCAAGUAGCUUUGUACUAUCUCAUCAUGAUUAAGCCUCAUGUACCUAAGCAUGACUUCACCAAGGAGCAAUCCAGGAACCAGCCCUGCACCCGUUCGAUGCAAUGCGGCAGACGCAUGUUUCUAUCAGCACUCAUUCUGGCUUCCAAGUACCUUCAAGACCGUAACUACUCAGCUCGUGCGUGGAGUAAGAUUUCAGGCUUAAAUACCUUGGAGAUUAACCAGAAUGAGCUAUCUUUUCUUGAAGCUGUGGGGUGGAAACUCCACAUCUCCGAGUCUGUCUUUCAGCGUUGGACCGACAUAGUUCUGAAGUACACUCCCACAGUUGGGGGUGUCCCCAAGGGUGAAGCUCUAUCCUGGCGGACGAUUAUCCCCUUGUUGACACCCGAACUCGACACCAUCGAUCUGGAAACCGACCGGUACCGGGGCAUAACUGACCAUGUCAUGACCGGUACCGGUUGUACACCACCUCCUAGUCUUAUGCCAAUUCCGGACAGUAUGUCCUUUGUACCACCACCGACUAAUAAUGAUCAGACACCCACAGCAGCCAGAAAUAUCUUCCCUACCCUGGAAAGUAACCCAUACACGCAACUCCCACCUCUCCCUAAAUUUACUUCCCUUCCCACUCCACAUAUUACCCCUCAGUCAAGCACCGUCAGUACUCCUGCAGUGAGUAUUGGUGGAUUCCUCUCUCGGAAACCCUCCAUCUGCGCCGCCAUGUCCCAAGCACAAAGCUUGUGCGCGCAGCGCAUCACCUUCGAUCCACGACCCAAAUGUACUUAUAGUAAAACCACCCCCGUCGAUGCAUCCUACCCAACCCUUGCCCGACGCUCCUCCCUGGCCCGCUCCGCCUCAUCCGCCUCGUCCCCUGAAUCCAUGAUAUCCGAUGUCCCCUCUCUGACAUCGACAAGGUCAUCUCGAUCGUCCCGCUCUUCGUCAAUCUCGUCCGUUGCAUCAGGGACCUGCGCGCCUGCUCAGUCACGUCUGGCUAUGCGGGCGACUCGUCGAUGCACGAACAUACAGACUUACUCCUACUCCAAGGAUAACCGAAAGAACUUGACGAUCGUACCCCGGAUUGACAAAGGAAGCUGGCCCACGGACUUCUACGCGUCGCCAGAACCCUUCUCCGCCGGAGAAAGUAGUAGCGAAGGCGUUCCUGAUCUCUCGGGUUUCUCUCUAGAGCCCACUGAGGAUCUAGCCCAUGAAGCGGCGCACGGUCUCUGUGUACUCUCUGGCGCCCUACCGCGUUCUUGCUAUCCUUCCCACACAACCAACCCAACACCAAGUACAACCACUACGACCACCGCCACCAGCACUCCUACAACCAUGUCUACUUCCAUCUUAACUUGUCCUCGUCCCUCCCGCAAACGCGGUCGCCCCACCUCCGAUGACCUUGCCCUCCACACCAACGUCCGCGAAGAACUCCUAGCCUUCUCAACACUGCAUGACCUUCGAAGUGACGAGGAUGAUAGCACAACCGUUGUUACCACAGACAGCAAUAUUGCUGACUCGUUUCUGGUUCCACAGUCGUCAUCAUCAUCAUCAUCAUCAUCAUCAUCAUCAUCAUCAUCGUCAUCAUCGUCAUCAUCAUCGUCAUCGUCAUCGUCAUCGGUCAAUACUAGUAGUUCAUCACCGGCCUGCAGCAAUAGUAGCAGCAACGGUUGUACGGCUACAUUACCGCCGUUGUCGUUGACGUUGCAGCGGGGUGCGGAGAGUAUGAAACGUGCGUGCUGCGCGAAGGAGGCGGCGAGGUCUUUGUGGGGCUUUGGAGUUGGUGUUGGGGAGAUGGUGGAGUAG